AUGGUCGCCUUCGACGAUCUCCUUGAUCUACCUAACGGUGACAAGGCUUUCAACCUCUACGAAAGAGGCAUGGAUUUCGAUUUCGGCGGCGGAGACCUGGAACUGGGUUUCAACAAUAAGCCCAGGAAACGCAAAUCUCAGGGUGACUCAGAUUACGAAAUCGGCCCAGCCAGCGACAUCGACGACGAGAUGAUGCCUGAAGAGGAUGCAGAUGAGGGCGUGAUUACUUCAAAACGCCGUCGGCUUGUACAGGGUACCAAAGAUGUCCCAGCUCGGCGAAGCCUGCGCAAUUCUUCUAGGAUGACAUCGACACUGCGCCAAGAUGCAUCGUCCAUGGAAAGCAAUACUUCGCACAAUGGUCGCAAACUUAGAGCAAGGAAGUCGAUUUCACUCCAGAAGAGUAGGCCCCUUCAUGAUGAGGAUGAGGAUGCCGAUGAGCUUGCUCAGUCAGACGAUGACGACCCGUUCGAUAUUGUGCGCUCUGAUUUGCAGCCUAUCAACAAGAGUACCAAGCGCAAGAAACGUUUAACAAGGAACAAGCCCGCCUCAAAGACUCAUCGUGGCUCUUCAGUCGAGUAUGAGCCAGUGCGUCGCUCAGGCCGAACUACCAAGACCACCAAGAACAUGAAGGAUCCUCUGAUGGACGAAGAACUCUAUGCCGAUGAUGACAAGGUGCCAACAGCACCCAAAAUCAUCAGCAUCAAAGAGGUGUUUGAGCCCCUCAAUGAGGGCGAUAUCGUGAGCGACAACAUCCGAUCAGAGCGGCUUAAGGAAUACUCUAUCGAGUGGAAGUGCAAGGACUGUCUUGACAUGCGUGAGAAAGUCCAGGUCCUGGUUGCCUGGAGACCUGUUGACCGUACGACGUACACGCCCGACAAGACAUGGAAUGAUCUCGUGGAAGAUGCUAAAGAGUAUCUCAUCAAGUGGGAGAAUAAAUCCUACUUUCACUGCGUUUGGAAACCGGGUCCGUGGGUCUGGGGUGUCACCGCAGCCGCCAUGCGGACUACCUUUCCUAAGCGCAACGAGGGCGAGAACCUUCUGCCGAAAUGGGAUGAGAAGAAUGCUAUCCCCGAGGAAUAUCUACUCGCAGACGUGAUCCUGAACGUGAAAUACAACGGUCAGAUUCGUGCACGCACGAAGGAGGAGGAAUUUCAGAAAAUUUCAGACAUCCGGAAAGUUCGGGUCAAGUUCCAAGGCCUGGCUUACGACGAUGUAGUUUGGGAUUCUCCACCACCUCGAGACUCCGGAGUUAUUUGGAAGUCGUUCGAAGCUGCGUUCUAUGAGUUCUUGAACGGCAAGUACUUCAAGACUGAGUCAGCCAUCAAGAUUAAGGAACGGAUCGAUAGCUUUCGUGCGGUGGAGAACUUCGAAGAGCACAUUGCGCUGAAGAAACACCCCGAGCGGCUCGGGGGUCUUCUGCGCGGAGACCUCAUGGAUUAUCAAGUCGACGGUGUAGACUGGCUUCUUUACAGCUUUCAUCAAGGAGUGAGUGCUGUCCUAGCUGAUGAGAUGGGUCUUGGAAAGACAGUACAAGUAAUCGCCCUGAUUACGUUUCUGGUUCAACGGAAUCCAAAGUGCUGGCCUUUCCUCAUUGUCGUUCCGAACUCCACAUGUCCCAACUGGCGAAGAGAGCUGAAGAAAUGGGCCCCUGACCUUCGCGUGGUGACAUAUCACGGCGGCAAGAAGCCUCAGCAGCUUGCUUACGAUCAUGAGCUAUUCCCGGAUGGCGUUAGGGAUAUGAGAGCACAUGUCGUCGUGAUGUCCUAUGAUUCUGCCCAGGAUGAACGCACUAAGCCUCUAUUCAAGAAUGUCAGUUGGGCAGGGCUGGUCGUGGACGAGGGCCAAAGACUGAAAAACGACCAAAAUCUGCUCUAUCUCGCUCUUCGUGCGAUGAAGAUUCCCUUCCGUCUCCUACUCACGGGCACUCCGCUUCAGAAUAAUAAGCGAGAGCUCUUCAACCUCUUACAAUUCAUCGACAGCUCGAAGAAUGCAGCUCAACUUGAUGAGGAGUAUCAGGAAAUCACCGCGGAAAAUCUUCCAGUGCUUCAUAAGAUGCUCAGACCAUAUUUCCUCAGACGCACCAAAGCUCAAGUCUUGCAUUUCCUGCCUCCGAUGGCUCAAAUCAUCGUACCAGUCACGAUGUCAGUUGUGCAGGAGAAACUGUGCAAGUCAAUCAUGGCGAAGAAUCCGGAUCUCAUACGUGCCAUCUUUGCGAAUAGCAAGAUGAAGGCCACUGAACGCGGCAGUCUCAAUAACAUCCUCAUGCAGCUGAGGAAGUGUCUUUGCCAUCCAUUCAUGUACAGUGGGGCAAUUGAGGACAAGAGCACUAGUCCAGAAGUCAUGUUUCGCAAUCUCAUCGAGGCAUCAUCUAAACUGGUGUUGCUUGAGAUCAUGCUGCCGAAGCUCAAGGAACGCGGCCACCGUGUGCUUAUCUUCAGCCAGUUCUUGGACCAACUUGACAUCAUUGAAGAUUUUCUCUCAGGACUUGAGUAUAGCUAUCGACGAUUGGAUGGAAACAUCAGUAGUUUGGAAAAGCAAAAGCGCAUUGAUGCCUACAACGAGCCUGGAUCCGAUAUAUUUGCCUUCCUACUGUCGACUCGGGCUGGCGGUGUCGGAAUAAAUCUGGCGACUGCAGACACUGUCAUCAUCCUCGACCCUGACUUCAAUCCCCAUCAGGAUAUCCAGGCCUUGUCGCGUGCCCACCGAAUAGGUCAGAAGAACAAAGUUCUCUGCUUCCAAUUGAUGACCAAGAGCAGCGUGGAGGAGAAGAUCAUGCAGAUUGGACGCAAGAAGAUGGCUCUUGACCACAUUUUGAUUGAGACAAUGGAUGACCAGGACGACGCGGGCAACGAUCUGGAAUCAAUUCUGAAGCAUGGUGCCGAGGCGCUGUUCAGCGAGAACCAGAAAGACGUCAUCAAAUAUGAUUCCGCAUCCGUGGAUAAGCUUCUCGACAGAUCACAAAUCGAGGCAACUGCAACAGGCGAGGAUGAAUCUGCUGAAACGCAGUUCUCUCUAGCUCGUGUUUGGGCCAAUGAAAAAGGCGAAUUGACCGAUGAUAUUGAGGCUGACACAGAAGCUGAGGCUAUCAACUCCAGCCUCUGGGAGAAUAUUCUUAAAGAGCGAGAGGAGGUAGCUCGUCGCGAGGCGGAGCUCAACAAGGAGAUUCUAGGCCGUGGAGGCCGUCGACGCCGAGCAGUGCAGUACACUGGACCGAACUAUGGUCUUGAAGAUGGAAUGCCUGCACGGGGAGAAGACGGGGGGUCCGAUGCCGACGCUGACUUCGUUAAUAACGACAUGGCCUCGGAUGGAGAGAACUCAGACGAAGGCAGCGCCGGCAAGGUAUUGCCUGAGGAAGUGCAGGAUGUUGCAACCACUGAAUUGGCCAACUCACGGAAGUCACAGGGUAAAGCGGCUAAGAAAGUGGCUAUCAUCAGCCCCAGCACCAUAUGA